AUGUACGCUGAGAGGGUUUUGUUCUUGGUAAUUACAUUCGACAACGGAAAUUUUGUAUAUUUCAAAAGAAAUAUAAAACAAAGCGAAGAGGUCUUACUACCUGAAAUUACAUCAGUUUUACUUUCAACACAAACUAAUUCUAAUACGACAUUUGAUAACACAAUGAAUACAUCAGAAAGAGGCAUUUCGCCUACUGUCACCGUUCAAGAUGCUGAACUGUUGCUAUCGCUCAGUUCAAAUAUACCGAAACCGCGAAAACUACAUCCAAAAUUUCGACCGUACUCACACGAUCCAACAGCAACUUCGUUUCCUUCAAUCACUAAUUUGACAUUAUCAAAUAAUUUAGAGCCUAUGCCACGAUCAAGUUCAUUAUCUUCUACAUCGUCAGAUGAAUCAUUUUCGGAUAUCUCAUCUACAUCAUGUACUUCACCAUUUCCAUCAUCCAAUGAUGACAGUCAAUCAUCUAUAAAUUCCUCAACCACAACCAAACGCUCGACUCCGUCGUAUAUUGAUAACAAUUCAAAUUCUGAAUACCAUAUCCUCUACGUGAAUCUCAAUGGUGAAUAUGUUCCCGUGGCAAAAACAUCUUUUGCAAUCGAAACUUCACAGGAAUUACCCAAUUCACUUGCAUCACAACCUAAAUCAGUAUCACCAUUAACAGUAACUACAGAUAAAACAUUGUUACCAACCGAUCGCAAGAAGAAUUAUACUUGUGCCUACUCUGGCUGUGGUAAAUCCUAUUUCAAAUCUUCUCAUCUUAAAGCCCACGUUCGUCUUCAUACUGGCGAAAAACCAUUUUCAUGUUCGUGGCCAAAUUGCGAAAAAACAUUCGCUCGAUCGGAUGAAUUAAGUCGACAUCGUCGUACACAUACUGGUGAAAAAAAACAUGUUUGUGCUGUAUGUCAAAAAGCCUUUAUGAGAAGUGAUCAUCUGGCCAAGCAUCAAAAACGCCAUACUAAAACAUCGACAUCAUCAUGA